UUCUGCUGUUGUCGGACCAGUACGAGAACGAUACGAGAACAACAUGAAGUUUACAUUAUAUCCUAUAUUGGAAAGGGAACUUAUUAUAUCCUUUAUUAGAAAGAGAAACUUAUUACAUAUUUCACGCCCAAGAGGGUGACGCUAAUUCAAGAUACGUUUGCUUAUUCGAAGCUGGCCGCUUUUUGUCGGGCUGAGCUCCAUGGUGUUAAACAAUCAUAAAACUCCGCGACGGCAGCGCUUAUUCGAGAUCGAUUUUUUGCGCCAUGUGCUAAUUCAAGGGCGCGAUUUGGAAAACGAGCCAAUGAGUGGCAGAUGUCAAGAUACUUCAGCCUCUAGAAAUAUUGAUAAAGCCAAUGCUGCUUGAAGUGUGUGCAGCAAGUCACAACUCAAAGAUGUCGGAACCGCUCGGUCUAGGCUUUCGGGGAGUUGUUAAAGUGAUUCAAAGACUGUAUCCGCACGUCCCGAGGAUGUCUACCGACCAACUGCAACGCAUUCUACGGAACACAAGCGACCAAAGGACUAAUAGAAAGCCACCAAACCUCGUAAUGUUGGACGUUCGUGAACAAAAAGAGCGUGACGUCAGUUUGAUUGAUGGAUCAAUCCACGUGAAACCGUCAACGACUGAUAUGACAAAACUACUUGAGCGAGUCAACAAGUUAGUGCACCCAGCUAAAGACCCCAAGACAAUCCUAUGCUACUGUGCAACUGGCCUGAGAGCAAGCAUCAUGGCAGACCGGAUUCUUACGGAGCUCUCCAAACACGAAGAUCUCAAACAAUCCACGCGCGUGUACGCACUAGAAGGGUCUAUCUUUAAAUGGGGGAACGAGUUUAAGCCGCUGGUAGACCCAAACGGGCGUAAAACAGUACAGGUUCAUGGCAUGAACAGUGUUUAACGGCUGCUACUGUGGCCUCAGAUUCGAGUAUGAUGACGAGGGUGUGAAAGAAGUUUACAUUCUUCACUCUUUCGUUUUGUAGAUAAGUUGUAACCAGCAAAGUCAGGGUUAUGUUUUUGUGAGUACCAAGAAUAGACCUAUCGUGCUAUGUGUCUAGGGAUUUAUCCUAAACAACAGAUUGAGCUCAUAGAGCCUAUGCUCGAAUUGUGCUUUGGCGAUUAUUUUUUGUUCGGUAAAAAACAGUUCAAUCUCAAUAGUGAAUAAAAUCUGCUAGUAUCUUGGCGCGUAAUUAGGGCUGGGCGUAAGGAGGGCGCGCACCCCUAGACCACCAAAAAGCGGUCUUUUGUUGUUGAAGAAUAUCCAAUGAAUAUCUUUGCCUGCCCAACACCCGUGGGCGAAUCCUGGCCAUGCGCCUAAGAAAGCCCCGAAAACAAAUGUACGUGAAAAAGAGGAGAAUUUCAAGUGAUAAUACAAAAUAAAAAAAAGAAGAAAAUGGGGGAUUUGGCCGAGGAUUUAACCUCAUCCAUAGAUCAGAU